AUGGCCGAACGCCGAGUGGACCCGGUGGAUGUGCUCGGCAAAGACGUGGCGCCAAUCCUCUUCGCGUACCUCCAACUGCCGCAGAGAACUAGGUACGUUAUUUAUUGUUUGUCGCCUCAUCCGGUGCCAUCUCGUACUUCAUCCAUCAUCCUGUUUGGGGAGGGUCCGCCGCUACACCCCGCUUUAUUUCUUUUCUUCUCAAUUCACCCGCUUAAAAAAAUAAAAUUGAGGGUUAGUCGGUGCUCGAGCAGUCCGUCAAGUACUAUACAAGCCAGAGCCAGACCCCAACCGACUAUACACAUUGGCAUAAAAUUUGAAUUCGAUCAUAACCCCUCAAUUGCCGAGCGGAUCAGAUCUUCUUCUCAGGGAAAGAGAGAGAGAGAGAGUGUGUGUAAAAUCAAGAUAUGAUAGUUUUUCGUGGCCGAGCCGACGGAGCUGUGUGCCACAACUCUUCUUUUCUCUCCCGCUGCGUUCAUUUCAAUUCCUUCCUCUUUUCUUCAAGCCUUCCAUCACUCGUACAACUGGCGACACUCGUAGAGUCCAUCCACAGCUUCCAAUCUUUCAUCUCUCUUUCUCUUUUUCCUUUUUCUAGGGAUAAUCCGGCCCGCAGUCGCCAUUUCUCGACCCCUAACUGACCCGCCGGGAGAAACUUGACCGCUUUUCCGUUAAUUGUCCCCUCGGCGGACCACUAAACUGGACGAUCGGAAAUAAAACCGCCAAAAACGCUUCCGAUGGAGAUUUGUGGUCGUGCUCCUUCAAUUGUCCUCCGCUUUUCGUACUUCUUUUUAAAAAGCUUGAAAAGCAGCUAUGGCUUCCGAAAAUGGUUCUAGAAAGUUAUAAUGGGUGAAUAUGCACCAAUCCUAAUGUUCUUACUACAAAUCUCGGAAAUCAGGGUGGAUUCUUUCUUUGAUUUUCAGCCGCAAAACUGACUUUGACGCUAAAUAUUCAAUUUCAGCUUCCGCUUUUUCGAAAAAUCUAUUCCGCCGAACUCUGUUCCGUAGCAGUUUCUGCAGUUGGACUAUACAUUUUAGUACUGCCGUGCAUGUCAUAACUUUUCCCGAACAAAUCUUGAACCCUCCCCAAAGCGUCCGUCCAGUGUUUUGUUUGGGACCUCCUUGCGGCCGAGUUCGCAUUGUGUCAAAACAACGUGUUUUUGUGCCGAAACUACAGAAGACGACCAACUUUUAUCCAGAACUUUCAGUAAUUCAGAAUUACUGCAAAAUUGAUCCAGUACUCUACUUUCAAGUUUGCAAAUAUGGGGCUUUCUCUCCUGGGAAUUUUUAGUAGAAUCUCCUGCAAAGUCAAAUUGGCAUUCCGUUUUGCAUGCAGCACCACCUCCGCCCCCAGAUCCUUCCACUUCCUCGUAGGCAACUUGUUCUGACCUUUCGCCCAAAACAAGUCCCAUAAGACUCUGUCAAGAGCAUCCUCAGCCUUUUUUCUCUUCCUACUUCAUUUCUUUGUUCUGACGCAAUCCGAAAAUUCGAACUCGCUGCCACCCACUCACUCAAUAUCUUCUUUUUUCCUUACCGCAACGCAUCCAAUUCCCAUGUGGUAUAUGGAAACAUGGAAUGAAACAAAACACGAAAGUGACAUCGGGAGAGGUCCCAGAGACAGACAACAAACACACCGACGAAACAUACACACACACACGCAGAGACAACCGCACCAACAUGCAUAUAAAGGGUCCGCCCCCUGCGGAUUUUUGGUGAAAGUGGAGGCGAGGAAGCGGCAGAUGGCGGCUGUUACGCCAUCCGUUGGCGCCAAAAAAGGAGUUUUCUGCUAGUGUGCGGCACUGCGCGCAAGAAGAAGAAGAAGAAGAGGCCGCAGCACGCUCUCUCUCUUCCUCUCUGGAGACACUCGUCCUUCGGGGGUCCCGCUCUUUGUUCGUCGUGCUAUAGUGAUCAUAUAAAAAGUUUCAUGUUGCGUGUUGCCGCAUUUAGUCGUCCAAUCCCAGUUUGUCGCAUUUCAUUUCACCCCUCAAAGUUCACCUCCCUCGCCUUCCGGCCUCUGAGAAAAGAUGAAUACAAAAUGUGCAAUGUUAAAUUUCCAAGUUGUGUCAAACUCAAUAACUCCUCACCCUCACUCCCAGCUCCAAAACAUGCAUAUUUUACUAAGACAUGGCGAUAUUUUGUAGACAACUCCCCGGAGAAUUCUUAGAUUAUUUAUUUUGACGAAAAAUCUUGGUCUUAAUUCAUAUUAUAUUCAUCUUCAUUCCUUUCAGUCCGCUUUCAGAUUUGUUACAAAUCCUAUUAGUCUCAAGAAAAGAUACAUAAUUUAAUGUGCUCCUUGAGCCAGAUGCUUCCGGAGCAGUGGUCCAAAGAUCCUCAAAUUAAAACAGUCAGCAACAAGAAACAAAAAAAACGCAAUUCGUCGUCUAGAAUGAAUGGGCGGGAUCUCCUUCAGAAGCAGACUGAGUCAUUAAUUAGUUGAUUUUGUGCGUAGGAAAGAGACGUUGUAAUUUCGAAAAGACGUUUUGCUUGUCGCUUGUCAACACUGCCCAUUCGGUUAUGGCCCAUAAAAAGAAGCAUUUGGCAAAUUGGCGGAAGCUCACGAUCUCCCCCACUGAAUUUAUUGCUUUUUCUCCGCUUUUCUUCUUGCUCUGAUCGCUCUUUUCUCCGUUGUAUUCCGCGGUUUUUGCAGAGCCGAACGAGUGUCUCGGGCUUGGAGAAACGCUAUCAUGGAGACCACCAGGAAUGAGACGAAACCCGUGUGGGUAUACAUUAUUUUCCGGAAAAAUCACUGCUCAGGUAAUCCAUUAGUUUCGAUCAUCAGGUUCCAAGUCAAUUGUUAUGUUUAGGACAUGAGAAGAUGACGGUGAACAUCAGUUUCGACGGACCCAUCUUCUGGAAGCGUCAAGUCGCCUACAUCUACUGCUGCUCGUGUCACUUCGACGAGCAUGAGGUGUGCCAUCGCAAAAUUCAAUCUUUGGGGUUUGGUGCGUCUUCUUAAAGGCAUACGGUAAUGUUAUCAGAUACUUCGUUGCCUCAAAAACACCCUGGGGACUUUGUAAGAUGGAUGGGUCCGUCUUUGUCGCCAUUGAUAUUAUAAACAGUCAAAAAGAGAAAGAGAGAAGCAGAAAAAUUGCCAGAAAAAGUAAUGAUAGCUGUCAGGAUUUUGGCGUUUCUUUAAAAGACGAAUCGUUCCACUCCCGAGAAUUGCGUUUGUUUUUUGGAGAGUGUUUAAAACGAAAAGUUUCUGCUGUCAUCCAUCAAACCCCUGCCGCAAAAGCUGAGAUUUUGCAGUGUAUUGCUACUUUAGUUCACCGGGAGUCGCUCGUAAAGUUUGUCCCACUUCGGGAUUUUCCAGUUGAGCAACUUCAGAACUCACGAAUACCCAAUGAAGAACUUUUGGUUGCCCUGCCCUUUAGUACUUAUCCCAGACCAAGUCCAACAUGACGAAGUUCCGAAGACGACAUCUUCUAAAGGAGGGGGUCAUCGAGAAUUCAUGGCAGACUUACUCGAGAGCAAUUUUCGAAAACGGAAAAGUGCUCACGUCAGAUGGGUCAGCACAAUGGUUCUUUUUCGCGAGACACCCACCGUUGUUGUUGUUUUGAGGCACAAAAAUAAGAUGUGACUCAAAUCUGAUUGGUCAUUGAUGGGGAACGAAAAUUGGCAAAUGUGUACAAUUCCGAACUUAUUCAAUUCUGCUCGGGAUGGACUUGAAACAUCGUCUGUAAAGUGAGAAGAAGAUAUGCGCUGGAGCUGAAAUGCGAUACGACUCUUCCGAAUGCAAUUCUGUCAUCCAUCCGCUAGAAUUUCUUGAGAAAAUUGUAAUUCAUCCCACCCUCGCUCCGAAUUCUCUUUUUGCCGGCCGCUCUGGAUUCAAUUUCCGUUUCGCGACGCCGCCGCCAAGAAGACGAUUACACUUUUUGUGGCGAGCUCGUCAAAAAGUUUUUGGGAGCAACCGAAAUAAACAGAGUGGAAACAUUCGCGAAACAAAAAUGUUUGCAACGCCCUUGCCCGUCUUAGAUGGGCAAAGCGACGGGGAAUAGGAUUAAUUUUGUUGGCACGAACGGAAAUGAAACAAAGGGGGAGAGAAACGAGACUAAGACUGAAGUUUCAGUUAAAAUUGGAGGAGAUUGAGGCACAAGACACUCAAGUUAAUCAGAUUUCAAAAACAGAGAAAAAAGAUUGCGUUCUGGGAGCCAUGUAAAGUACUUUUCUGUUUUCAGGGACCCUUAAUGGCAAUUCUGGAGAAGUUCGAGCAGAGAGUGGAGCGUGUCUGUCUCGUUGACAAACCAGUCGAUUAUCCCUUUCUUCCAGACUCUCUUUUCUCCUACAUGGCCAACAAGAUGCCAAAGUUGCAGGUCUCGCACAAAAAACAGAUCUUUGAAAUAACAGAGCACGUUUUAGUUCAUCUACUUGCGUGAACUGGAUUUGGAGAAAAUCAACCGAGGAACCGUCGUGGAACUCGCCAAUCAUUCCACUUUGAAAAAGGUUUUCAAUUCUUUCAAAUGAAUGACCUCUAAUCUCUAACUUUUUGAACUUUUCCAGGUGAUCGUUCACCUUUGUCGCAACUACGAAGUGCUUGAGGACUUCCGAAACCUUCCACAACUUUUGGUCGUGAAAGGCGAAAUUAUGGGACUCAAAGUAAAGACUAAUGCGAAAGACUGGACAAAUGUUUAUCUUCAGGCGAUGCUCGGCGACUUCGAAGAGGAAAUCGCCAAGUCGACGGCGAGUAGUUCUGCUCAAUCGUCAGAGCCUUCAUGCCACUCCCCGGUGCCUGUCAAAAAUGGAUUCUGA